AUGGAUCGACGUCCACGUUCGAUCGAACAGAUCGAAGUGAUCGAGCAUCAAAUUAUUGAAGAAGGACGACGGCCAAUCGGAUCCGGAGGCUCCACUAGUACUACACACACUACACGUACUACACAACAACCACAACAAACCUUCACAACAACCAGAGAUGUUCCACUUGAACGGAGGUACGAGUUCACUGGAGAGCGGGAUGUGAGCCGUGAACCGUCGUUCCUGCAUACAUCAGCCAAUUUCGGCCAACAUAUCGAAGUACCCGUAAGUCGUCUUGACACAUCUGGCAGUCGGCUGAACACCUCUGGUCAGCGAGUCGAAUUCGCUGACGUCUCUGGAAGCUCAGCCGUCAAUAACUAUGGAUAUGACGUGCACGAAGUGCAUACAUCAGAAGGCGGUGCUCGAGUUGUUGAAACGCAUGGCACUGGACCGCUUGUGGAAACGUCUAGGAUGGAAAGUACGAGGGUUGAAGAAGUCGUCGAGAGACCUGGGAUUGUUCGAACGAAUGGCUACCGUGCAGAAGUUCCUUAUACUGGAGUUCUGAAGGCCCCAUCUGCCCUCCGGACGUCCUCUCAAAGCCAAGUGUUCACCGUGCCGUCUCCACCGAUAGCAAGGACAGACUCGUGGAGACAAAUACAGAGCGAUCAAGAAGCAUUUGUCCGGAAGGACAGUUACAGAAAAAUGCAACAAUCCGACGAGUUGAUCGGAUCCAUGGAGAACUCCAAGUCCUAUGCGGUACGCUUUUACUAG